AUGAGAAAAAGUACAGGGUAUUUUAUGAUGGGAAUCGGAUUUACACUCGGAAUCGUUUUGGGACUGCUCAUACAGCUUCCGGUAAUCACCCUCCCCACAUCCGGGCGAGAGCAUGUUGAUCAUGGACUAGACCUCGUGGGGUCGGGACCGGAUGUUAGGAAGAGGGUAGUGACGAGAGAGUUAAGUAAUGAUGGUAAUAAUAAUGGUUUACGGAGCGGCGAGGGGUUGGACAGAAUUACGUCGACUUAUCCGCUAAGAGGAUUGAAACACUCACUUCACAGUGUCGUUUAUCCCAUAAACAAUGGAACUAAGUCGCAUUUACAAGAAAAAUCUGUGCCGAUCCCUGAUAUUAAACAUGAUUAUAAGCCGCAGUCCAGCAAUCAACCGGUGGUUUUACCUCCGGCGAGUGAUCCAGACAUCCCCAAGCCGGGUCAACAGGGAACUGAUUGGGUCAAGGCUGUUUCGGACAUGGUGGACGGAGUAUUGUGGUCACCUGCUCUUGAAAACAGCUGUUUUAAAGCUGGACAAUCCGAUAAAGCACAAAAACAAUGGCGUGAAAAAUCAUCCCGCUCAAAAGUUGUAAAGAUGAGUGAAGGAUGCGGAAGGAUGCAGAAUCGUCUGCUCAUGUUGUCUGAUGGAACACGUGCAUGUGCACGAUACCGUCUUAACACUGACCAAAUUCAAGGUGAAAUUUAUUCAUUUUAUCUUGGGAGGCUUCUACGCAUUAAUAACUUACUUCCAACAGUGUUGAGUGUGGUCAACUCUCAAAGCGACAACUGGCGGACAGUUCAUACCGACAUGGCCAAUGCCCAAUGGUCAGACAAUAAAGUAGUGGUGCUAACACGAUGGUCAGAGGGGCUUAACCCUGCCUACAUUCCCGUCCAUCUUCGAGGCGAUGAUCGUGCUCUUCUUCCAACAUCCGGGUCAUUGGGUGAAAUGGGCGCGUGCGAGCUUAUGCAGUGGUCAGAUCUUAUAAUAUUUGAUUAUUUAAUUGCAAACCUUGACCGCGUGGUGAAUAAUAUUCACAACAAACAAUGGAACAGUCAAAUGAUGGAGAGUCCAGCUCACAAUCUGGAGCGGGAUUCGGACGGAAAUCUGAUUUUUAUGGACAAUGAAUCGGGUCUAUUUCAUGGCUACCGGCUCUUGGAUAAGUAUUCGUCGUACCACAAGUCUUUGUUAGACUCUCUUUGUGUGUUUAGAAACAGUACAGUUAAUAUAAUUGAACGAUUACAUCUCUCCGGGAAUGUUGGAGAGGAACUACACCAACUUUUCGUCCAGGAUGAACCUGCACAUAACUUUAUCCCAACUAUUCCAAAAAAGAACAUGAAAAUUCUACAGCAAAGAGUUGGCGAUGUGUAUGAACAAAUUCAGCGUUGCCGUGUUCGCUUUAUGUAACAAUCAUGCCAUUAUUAGGAAUUUUAUAUCUGGCUAAUCCGACACUUCGGUGA